CGACAGGACAGUAUCCCCUCUCUAACCAUGUUAUUCUCGCUAUACAGGCUCCCUCUCUGGCUUCUCGCAUCCCACAUGAUCCCCGGACCAAGUCCGGCCGGGGAGAUACUCGGACUGGAUGCGACUGUGCUGCUAUCAAGAUGAUGAAGCCUGGUUGACAUACAAAAGACCCUGGAUCAACCUCUCAAAUCUUUCCCCAAGUUACCCACAGCCGAUAUGCAAAUUCUUAUCACUGGCGCCGCGGGUUUCAUCGGGCAAUUGCUCGCCAAAGAGCUUCUCAAUGACCCAUCCUACACACUUGUCUUGACGGAUGUCAACGAACCCACCGUGCCAGCGGGGGUCAAAUAUCCCCAGAAUGCGCGCACAGUCACCGCAGAUCUCCUCGCGGGAGCGGAUGCCGUCGUGGACCAGUCGCUGGACGCUGUCUAUGCCUUCCACGGCAUUAUGUCGUCUGGUUCAGAGGCCAAUUUUGAGCUAGGGAUGAAGGUCAACGUGGAUGCCACGCGCAUUCUGCUGGAGGCCCUUCGCACCACUUGCCCAGGCGUCAGGGUAAUUUACUCCUCUAGCCAAGCUGUUUACGGCCAGCCGCUUCCCCCAGUGGUCGACGACAGCGUCAUCCCCACGCCGCAGUCGUCCUACGGUGCGGAGAAGAUUAUCUGUGAGACUCUGAUCAAUGAAUACACCCGGCGGGGCUUCAUCAACGGAUUCAUCCUCCGGUUCCCUACGAUUUCCGUCCGUCCCGGUCGUCCCACAGCUGCUGCUUCAUCCUUUCUCUCGGGCAUGAUCCGCGAACCACUGGAUGGUAAGGAGUGCGUCAUUCCCGUGGAAGAUCGGUCCUUCAAAUCCUGGCUCUGUUCACCCAAGACCCUUGUCCAUAAUCUGAUCCUGACUCUUUCCUUGUCCGCCGAUGCUCUACCCCCGCACAUCCGGCAGAUCAAUGUGCCUGGUAUCUGCGUUACCGUCCAGGAAAUGAUGGAUGCCCUGGAAAGGGUCGGAGGCGCGGAAAGCCUGGUGUUCUUGAAGGAGAAAGAGUACCUAGUACGGAGUACCUCCCAAGUUUACAGUCUUCCAAACUUGAAGCUGCCCUUUUCAUUAUUAUAGAUUCUCUAAAUUUGAGUAUA